UCUGAGUCGUACCCUACCGGUGCUGUCUACAGCAAUGAUGUCCUGGAUGACAUCGAAAAAGACAUAAACGCCACGGUCACCGACAUCGACAAUGAACUAGCUAAACUGUCCAAGGAGGGUAGAUCAUCGGAGGGCACCCUACUUACCCAAUACAAAGAGAAUGCCCAUAAUCAAAUAAAAAUCAUCGAGGACAAUCGCCCACUAAUAGUACCUGGCACACUAUUAAGGGCACAGCAGCUCAAGGACGGUGUUGCCAAUGAAAUAGCGAGGCUAGAAAAUAAACCUACCGGCGCUGACAACGAUAUUGGCGAUGACAUCAAGAAGGAACUGGAUGUGAUUCGGACGAACAUUAGGACAGAGUUGGCUAAACUCGAGAAAGAGGGCCGUAAGGCAGAGGGCGCUACACUCGUACAGUACAGCGCACAGGCGGACAGUAUGGAGGCGGCCAUUAAUGGUACGAAAGUUGAUUUACUACCGGUGCUCAAGACCUAUGCUGAUCUACUCGGUGUAAACGUCAACGACGAGAUUAAGCGACUGGAGGGUAAGCCUACCGGGGCUGAUCCGGUCGACGACAUACAUAAGAAGGUGGACGGCAUUGAGACCGACAUUAAGGCCGAGUUGGCUAAACUCGAGGGGGAGGGCCGGGCAGCAGAGGGCGCUAAGCUUCGGCAGUAUAAGGCAUCGGCCGAUGGUAUCGAGAAAAGCCUAAAGGAGGCGCGACCUGACGUCAUACCAGUGCUCCAGAGUAUGGUAGAUAUCCUGCGGGUUAAUGUGGACGAAGAGAUUAAGAGGUUGGAGGGAAAGGUAGAUCCCGUGGACGCCAUACACCGAGAGGUAGACCGGAUUGAGGUCGACAUUAGAGCCGAGUUGGCGAAGUUGGCCGACGAGGGCUCACAGCUCCGGGAGUAUAAGAAAGGGGCCGAUGAUCUGGAGGUAGCCCUAAAAGACGCCAGACCCGAGUACCUACCGGUGCUCCAGAGUUACGCGGAAAUACUCCGGGUGUACGUCAAGGAGGAGAUUGAGAGACUGGAGGGAAAGGUAGAUCCGGUGGUCCGUAUUCAUGAGAAGGUCGAUAGGAUUGAAGUCGAUAUUAAGGCAGAGUUGGCUAAACUGGAUGGGGAGGGCCGGCAGGUAGAGGGCGCUCAGCUCCGGGUGUAUCACUCGUCGGCUAAUAGUUUGGAGAAAAGCCUAAAGGAGGCGCGACCUGACUUCAUACCAGUGCUCCAGACGUAUGCGGAUAUAUUAGGGGUUAAUGUUGCUGAAGAGAUUGAGAGACUGGAAGCUCUAGUGUCUGAGUCGUACCCUACCGGUGCUGUCCACAGUAAUGAUGUCCUGGAUGACAUCGAAAAAGACAUAAACGCCACGGUCACCAACAUCGACAAUGAACUAGCUAAACUGUCCAAGGAGGGUAGAUCAUCGGAGGGCAGCCUACUUACCCAAUACAAAGAGAAUGCUCAUAAUCAAAUAAAAAUCAUCGAGGACAAUCGCCCACUAAUAGUACCUGGCACACUAUUAAGGGCACAGCAGCUCAAAGAGGGUGUUGCCAAUGAAAUAGCGAGGCUAGAAAACAAACCUACCGGCCCUGUAGACCCUGCUGACGCUAUUUACAAGGAACUAGAUGCCAUUGAACAGACUAUCAAAACUGAGCUAGAUAAGUUGACUAAAGAAGGUAGGGCUACAGAGGGGGCCCAACUGGAAGAGUAUCAAAAAAAUGCCGAAACUAUUAGGAAGCAAGUAAAGGAAGUCAUAAAAGACGUACUACCGUUCCUCAAAGCGAGCGCUGAUAUACUGCAAAAGGAUGUGAACACCGAGAUUAAGCGCCUGGAGUCGAAAGGGGCCCCUGUAGGGUAA